UCUAUUUGGCUCUCUCUUUAGCAACCUACCAAUAAUCAACUCUCUCUUUGGUUUCCCAAAAGUAUUAUUAUUCAUCAAUGGCAACUGGUUUAAUCCGACGAGCUAUCUCUAGGGUUACGUCAUCAUCAUCACCAGCGGCAAGGCUACUCGUUACCCGAGCCUACGCUUCGGAUGCCAAACCAGAAUCCAAACCUAACCUCAAGUCAUUUCAAAUUUACCGAUGGAGCCCCGACAACCCGGGUAAACCCGAACUCAAAGAAUACAAAAUCGAUCUAAAGGAAUGUGGGCCUAUGGUUUUGGAUGCCCUAAUCAAAAUCAAGAACGAAAUGGAUCCAUCACUUACUUUCAGGAGAUCAUGUAGAGAAGGGAUCUGCGGUUCAUGUGCAAUGAACAUUGAUGGUUGUAAUGGAUUAGCAUGUUUGACUAAGAUCUCGGAGGAUAACGAAUCGACGGUUACACCGUUGCCACAUAUGUUUGUGAUUAAGGAUCUGGUUGUUGAUAUGACUAAUUUUUAUAAUCAGUAUAAGUCUAUUGAACCAUGGCUUAAGAGGAAAACACCUGCAUCUGAGCCUGCGAAAGAGAUACCGCAGAGUAAGAGUGAUAGGGCGAAAUUGGAUGGGAUGUAUGAGUGUAUUCUGUGUGCUUGCUGUAGCACAUCGUGUCCUAGUUAUUGGUGGAAUCCUGAAUCUUAUCUUGGUCCUGCUGCACUCCUUCAUGCCAACAGAUGGAUCAUGGAUAGCCGUGAUGAAUUUACUCAGGAGCGCCUGGACGCAGUUAAUGAUGAAUUUAAGCUUUAUCGCUGCCAUACCAUUCUGAACUGUUCUCGUGCUUGCCCAAAGGGAUUAAAUCCUGGGAAGCAUAUUCAGAACAUCAAGCGUCUGGAGAUGGCAUCUUGAGCCAGCAGUUGUAGUGUUCCAGUCUCUUCUGAUAAGAUUGAUUUUGAAGGACCAGUAGGAGGUUGUUUCUCAAAAUAAUGUAUGCACAGAUUGUAAUGUACUCUCUCAGAUCUUUUUUAUACUUGAAUUGGAGAUGAAAGGUGCAUCUCUCCUAAAUAUAAUACAGUACUAUCAUUUUCAAGUA